UGUGGCCGUUACCGCCAUGUUUGAGUUCCAGAAGCGGUUGAGAGGUCCCCCGACCUUGUUGACUAUGCCUCCAGCUGAUGGUAGGCCCUUUACGAGGGGGACCUGGGUGCAUCAGAAACAGGAAAUGGAGCCAGUGAGCUUUGAUGAUGUGGCUGUGAAGUUCACUCUAGGAGAGUGGGCUCUAUUGGAUUCAAGUCAAAAGGAGCUCUACAGAGAUGUGAUGAAGGAAACAUUUAUGAACCUGAUCUCCAUAGGGAAAACAGAGAAAGAAAAUAUUGAUGUGGACUAUCAAAAACUCCAGAGAAAUCUGAGGUAAUUUAUACUUACAGAAAAGGGAAGUUGCAUCAGAUAUUUGAGAAGGAGCGAAAA